CACUGCUAUCUCGGCGUUUCAUGCAUUGAAGAUAACAAAAAUGGCAGCCAGCGAUGAUACGGAGUCUAAGGUUUCUGUAACACAAAACAGUCUGUGCCACAACGACGGGUACGACAAAAAAUGUAUAUUCUGUAAGAUAGUCAGCAAAGAGAUUGACACCGAACUGCUGCAUAAUGAUGAGGAGCUCUCCUGUUUCAGAGACAUUAAACCUGGAGCACCUCAUCACUAUCUAGUGGUGCCCACAAGACACGUGGGAAACUGCAAGUCACUUCGGAAGGAGCAUGUUCCCCUAGUGGAGAAGAUGGUGGAGAUGGGGAAGACGAUGCUGCAGAAAAACGGCAUUACAGAUCUUGAUGACAUCAGGUUGGGGUUCCACCGGCCUCCCUUUUGCUCUGUUACGCACCUGCACCUGCAUGUAAUGGCACCUGCCAGUCAGAUGGGCCUCAUGUCCAGGAUUUUUUAUAGAUUGGAUUCCUAUUGGUUCAUCACAGCUGAACAGCUGAUCCAGCAACUGAACUCACAAGUUGAGACGAACUGAGACAAGACCCAUUCACCAAGACAGAGCCAGGAGGGUCAGCUGGAACUUCACAGGUCAAUGCAAGAAUUACUAAUGACACCUGUUGAAUAUACACCUGGCCCAGAAAUUUUAAUUACACUUGUUCAGUGUAGUCACUACAUUCAUCAUUAAUGACACCCACUAAAUAUGUGUAUGGACCAGACACAAGGAGAUUACUAAUCCUGGAACUGAGUCCCACUACUUGAAUUUUCAUCAGAUAUUAAGUAAAAUGAAGUUGUAAACAAUGUUCUGCUAUUCCAAUUAGCCAUGAUGCUAAUCAUGUCAAAUCUCUUUGUAACAUCUCUACCCACCUAGUAUACAGGGUUGAAAUGUUUUUUGGUUUUGCUUUUUUGAAAUAAUAGACAUACACAACUAGUGUGUUAUUAUUUUGAGUUUUUUUUCCAAAAUUAUUCUUAUUUUUCAAUUAACAAAGGUGUUUCAGGUAUCUAAAACAGGAAUGCUAUUGGGACUGUGGUGUUUUAUAGUUUUGUAUUUCUGAUAAAAACAUAUAGCCAAGCAAGUAACUUUGACAUCAUUUAAAUUGGUUGGCUAACAGAGUGCAGAAUUUUGUGACAAAUGUCAUAAGUACAAUAAAAAAUGUUGUUUGGUGGAUCAGUUUUGUACCAUGUUUAGUCCUGGUUCAGGAGCUUCCAUCACUCACUGCCAAAUCAUCUAGGAUACAGUUAAGGCCAAAAGUUUACAUACACCUAGGCUAAAGACAUUCAAACUCAGUUUCUCACAACUCUGCACAUAUCAUGUUACCAUACAUUUCUUUUAGCAAGUCAAUUAGGGCAUCUACUUUGUUCACAUCAGAGGUAAUUUUAAAACAAUCGAUUCACUAUAUCCAGAUUCCAGUGGGUCGAAAGUUUACAUACACCAAGUUGACUGUCACUUAGUCUGGAAGAUUUCAGAAAUUGAUGUAAUUAUUUUUUAGAAGCCAAUUGUCAUAUUUAGGAGUUAACUGGGAGGUAAUUGGCACCUGUGGCUGUUUUUAAGGGCCUACCUUUAGAGCCACAGCCUUUUUGCCCUUGAUACCAUGGGGAAAUGCAAGCAACUCAGCCAAGACCUCAGAAAAAUAACUGUGGACCUCCACAAGUCCGAUUCCUCCUUAGGAGCAAUUUACAAACAACUGAAGGUACCAUGAGCAUCUGUACAAACAAUUGUAUGCAAAUAUAAAAAUCUUGGGACCGCACAGACACUGCAUCGUUCAGGGAGGAGGCACAAAUUAACUUUCAGGGCUGAACAAACUUUGGUCCGAAAGGUUCAACUGAACCCCAAGACAACAACAAAGAAACUGGCAAAGGAGUUGGAGGCAUCAGGUACCAAAGUAUCUACAUCAUUAAGAGAAUCCUAUACUGCCAUUGGCCUGAAAGGCUGUCGCGCAAAGAAGAAGCCCCUACUCCAACAACGGCAUAAAAAAGCCUGAAUGGAGCUUGCAUGUGAUCACCAGGACGCUUUAAAUGUUGCUGCUUCUGCAAGGAAUUGUGGGACGGCAUUAUCUCCUUUCUUUUCGUAAAGGAUGGUCCAGUGUCCCCUAUGCUAAAGGAGAUAAGAUAGGAAGCAUUGAAACACCUUUCCUUAGCAUUUAGAGAAUUCAAACAGCUCUUAUCAUGGCUGCCACUUAGACACUUCUGGGUCAUUUCACUCAGUUAGGAACCUUCCUAAGCAAAAAAGACUAUUCGGAUGCAGCCCUAGCCUUUUGGAGGAGUGUUCUCUGGUCAGAUGAAAUAAAAAUGUAACAAUGAUCAGCGCUCCACAUGUAUGGAGAAAAAAGGGUGAGGCUUUUAAUCCGAAAUACACCAUUCCAAUUGUGAAGCAUGGGGGUGGCAGCAUCAUGUUGUGGGGUGUUUUGCUGGAAAAGGGACUGGUGCACUUCAGAAAAUAGAUGGCAUCAUGAGGAAGGAGGAUUAUCUAGAAAUAUUGAAGCAACACCUCAAGACAUCAGCUAGAAAGUUCAAACUUGGCUGCAAUUGGGUCUUCCAGCAGAACAAUGAUACUAAGCAUACCUUCCAAGUUGUAACAAAAUGGCUUAAAGACAACAAAGUUAAAGUAUUGGAGGGGCCAUCAUAAAGCCCUGAUCUGAAUCCCGUAGAAAAUUUGUGGACUGAACUGAAAAAGCGUGUCCGAGUAAGGAGGCCCACAAACCUGACUGAGUUACACCAGUUCUGUCAGGAGGAAUGGGAAAAAAGUCUGGCAAAGUAUUUUUAAAAGCUUGUGGAAGGCUACUCCAAGUGUUGGGUUCAAGUUAAGCAAUUAAAAGCAACGCCACCAAAUACUAACAAAGGGUAAAAAAUCUGAUAUGGUACAUAAAAGCUGAAAUAAAUCUGUCUCUUAGCUAUUAUUUUGAAAUGACUUCUUAUGGAAACAAAGUAGAUACCCUCAUUUACUUGACACAGGAAAUGUAUGGUAACAUGAAAUGUGUGAGUUGGGAAAAAUUGAGUUUGAAUGUCUUUAGCCUAGGUGUAUGUAAACUUUUGGUCUCAAUUGUAUAUAUCCAGGGCAGAAGCUAGCAACCUCCAUUCUUAAUUGCAUAAUUGCAUGAAAACUGUGGAAUGAUGUAUUAACUGUCAUAUAUAAGAAUUAAGAUUAACAUGUAUGACUGCCUCAUGUAAAGUGGUUUUAAUUUAAUGUGAAAAUGGUUGUAUAAUGAUUUCAUGUUCAUGUAUUUAUGUAGAGGAAGGUGAUUUUCUGCUCCUGAAAUAUAAUUAAUUAUACAAUA